AUGAGCGCUCUGAACCAAACUAAAAGCUGCCACAAUCCCGUCAUUCAGGGUAUCCCGUGCUUGGAGUCACUCUCUGACGACGAUCUUGGCAUACAGGAGGCUGUGGGGAGCCUUCCAGGGACGCCUCUUAACAAUGGGCAGAGCAGCAAGAGGGAAGCUACCCCAUCGCUUCCACCGGCUGCACUGCUUCCAAAAAGGCGUCCUCGGAAAGGCAGUAGAACGGCAGCAAAAUCGGCAGUAGUAGCAGACGACGACGAGAACAAGGCUGAAAAGGCAGCAGCAACAGCACCAGCAGCACGAGCUGCUGUUGCGGCUGCCAGACAGGCACAAGGUGACUGCAGUAACACCUUUGAUGAAGAUGUGCCUCUAGAUGCUUUUUUCCUCCUCUCUCCAGCCGCUCGACCAAACGGACUCAGCGCGAAGAGGCGCUUGGAGAUUAAUAAAAAGAAGAGACAGCUUCGAAAAGAAGCCGAAACGCUUGCCAAACAGGUCGAGGUUUUGAAGGCUGAGGAGCUCAAAGAGCGCGAAGAAGUCAAGCAUCAGCAAUGGAAGGCCGUGCUGUUGCAGCAGCUACAGCAGCAGGAUGCAGCGGCAGCCGCUGCUGCCGAGAUUCCAGCGGAAGACGAGUGGGGAGACUUUAACGAACUUUUAUGA